AUGAUUCAUGAUGCAAAUGAUCGUACGAACAAUUCCCAAUCGUUAGCAAAUAAUUUUCGUACGAACACACCAUUAUUAUUCUCAUUUUCACUUCUACUUGCAUAUGGAAUUAUAUUUCUUAUUGGUUUAUUCGCGAAUAUAUUUGUCAUUGUCGUUAUUAUGAAAUGUCGACGAAUGCGUACAUUAACAAAUCGUUUCUUAUUAAAUCUUGCUAUAUCUGAUUUAUUAGCAACAUUGAUUUGUUUACCACCGACAGCUUAUCAUCAUUAUGAAAAACGAUGGAUAUUCGGUGAACUUCUCUGUCGAUUCGUUCCAUUUAUUCAAGGAACUUCUGUUGCUGUGUCGAUUUUUACAUUGAUGGCAGUAAGUAUCGAUCGUUUUCUUGCAAUACAUAAACCAAUUCACUCCAAAUUACUUUGUACACAAUCUCGUGUGUUUGUCAUCAUUGGAUUGAUUUGGUUUGUUUCAUUCCUUCUAAUGAUACCUCUAAUAGUACAUCAUCGAAUAAUCGAUCCAUUUGACAUCACAUUAACAGCAUGUGCUGAAGAAUGGCAACAAAACAUGAAUGCUCGAUUAGUUUACGAUUUUCUUCUUCUAUUUGUUCUAUUCAUAUUACCAUUAACAUUGAUGGCUUAUUGUUAUGUUCGUAUAAGUUUUUCUCUUUGGUUUAUUGAUUCCCAAGCUCGUGCGUCACUAUCAUCAUCAUCAACAACAAAUGCUGCACGUUUUUCAACAAUUUCGGAGGACUUGUCGCCCGUGGAUAAUAACAAUGUUCGACGGCAAUCAACACAAAAACGUCGACCAUAUUACAUUCAUUAUCAUCGAAAAGCUGAAAAUGAUCUCAAACGGCAAGGAACAAAUCAGGCACACGAUGAAUAUCGUUCAUUGAUCAACUCCACCGGUGGAAAAUUGCUGUCACAUCAACCACGACGUAGUACAACUAUAAAUGAUAUCAAACCGAAAUCUUAUUCGAUUGCGACAACAACGACAAUAACGAAUGCGCCGGGUCCGCAAGGUCUAUGUCGUCGGUCAUCAUCGUUGAUAGGUCGACGUUUUGGUGAGAAUGGUUAUCUUCGCCAAAAUCAUCAACAUGAUGAAUAUCAACAAGCCAAACAAGUCUUUACUCGUCAUCGACGAUCGACUAGCCCGUAUGCGAGUGGAACACUUCGAACAAGCGUUACAUCGCUUCAGAGUCAACAUCGAGUAAUUCUAAAUUUAAAUGCUAAUAAUACCAAUUCCAAUCAUCACCGUUCAAUUGUUGAUGUUGAACGGGCAAGUCGAUUUCUACAAAGCCGUAGACGUGUUGUUAAAUUGUUAAUAACAUUAGUUAUUGUAUUCUUCGUAACACGACUUCCAUCCAAUAUUGUGACGAUUUACAUUGAUAUUACAUCGAACACCUAUAUUCCCGAUAAUUCAUUUACCAAUCGAACAAGAUCAGAAGGCUCUGAUGGUACUCUCACAGACUUCUUAUCACACGUUGCUACUACAGAUAAGAAAAUGGCACUAGUUCUCUAUGUUAGUCCGAUUUUACAGUUGUUUUCUUUGUCGAACUCAGCAAUUAACCCAUUGUGUUACUGUGUGAUGAGCCAUGCCGUCAAAAAUCUCAUUACGCUUAUCCGACAGAAACUGCGACGGCGUGGACAAAAGAAAGCGUCAUCAAUACCAUUAAUGCAACGACCCAUCGCAUUAAAUCAAUCAUUGAAAAUGACGGCAUAUAAUCGAAAUACACAUGGCAUGAAUUAG